AUUAAUUUUGAAAAAAUAGGAAAGAGAAUGACAUUUAUUGUGAAGACCAGAAAAGUAUUGCUUAACAAACUCUUGAAUAGAAGAUAAUUAAGUGUUGAAUUACUCCAUCCAAAUAAGCCCACUCCAUCUUAGGAAUCAGUGGUGAAGGAAUUGGCUUAAAAGUACAAGGCUGACGAAAGAAAUGUUGUCGUGUAUGGAUUGAGAACAACAUUCGGAGGAAACAGAACAACUGGAUUCGCUUUGAUCUACGAUACAUAAUAAUAUCUUAUGAAAUUCGAACCAAAAUUCAGAUUGAGAAGAAGAGGCAUCAUCCCAAAGAGAGAUGGAAGCAGAAAGGGAUGGAAGGAAGUCAAGUCCAAGUUGAAGAAGACCAGAGGAGCUGAAAAAACAAAAAUCUACAUGUCCAGAAAGACUGACAAGAGAGAAGUCAUCAGAGUUCAGAAGGAGACUUAUCUUAAGGGUUUUGUUGGAAAGUGAUAGCAAUUUAUUGAAAUUAAAAGAGUACAUUAUAAAAUUAUAUAUAAAUAAUGAUUCUGA